GGCUACGGCAAGCUCUGCCUGGCGCUGCGCUACCUGCUGCGCGGGGACAGCGACGGGCGCGGCUGCCUGCUGGUGGGCACCAACCGCGACAACCGCCUCCCGCUCGAGGGCGGCAGCGCCGUGCCCGGGACGGGCUGCCUCGUCAAGGCAGUGGAGACAGCUGCAGAGCGGGAAGCAUUCAUUGUGGGCAAGCCCAGCCGCUUCAUGUUUGAGUGUGUGGCCAGCGAGUUUAAGAUUAACCCUGCGCGCACCAUCAUGGUUGGUGACCGCCUGGACACAGACAUCCUCAUGGGCAACACCUGCGGGCUGACAACCCUCCUCACUCUCACUGGGGUCACCACACUGGAUGAGGUCAAAGGCCAUCUCAACAGUGACUGUCCUGAGCGCAAAAGCCUGGUCCCUGAUUACUACGUAGAUAGCAUAGCAGAUCUCCUCCCUGCUCUCACCGAUUAAGAAAGGGAGAUGUUCCAGCUCUACAGAGAUCUUUCUUCACCCCAGGCCACCCACAGUCUCUUCAGGCUGGUAGUAUUUUCUCAAGUUACUACGGUGCACACAAUUGCUGCUUGCAAAAGUAAGAAGAUUUUCGUGCGCAACAUUUAAAUUGAGCUCUCUGUUUACAAGUUCCUCUUAAAAAUGCACUUUGAAAGAAAGAGAGGGAAGUGUGUGUGUCUAUCAGCUUUCGUACGCAUCAGCUGUGUCUGGCUGGUGUUCAGGUAUCAGGGUAGAGGCCUGCUCAGCUGAGCUGAAGGGACUGAGCAGGCUUCUGUUUAA